AUGUCGGAUACAAAUUUCUCGCACCUGGCAGCAGCAAGACGAACAGUGCCUCAGUUGGUGGUAAACCGAGCUGAGCGGGAUCUUUCGAAUGCAUUACAUGUAUGGACACCAUCCACUCAAACGCAGCGGCUUGCGAGUGAAGCCAGUCGUACCCUUUUCGCUGAACAUAUGACGUUUCGGGACGCUAAAAAGGGUCGUCCGUUUCAGUCUGAGGCUGCUGCGCCAGAAGGUGACUCGGGUGUACCGAGCCGCUUGGCAUCGAUUGUUGUGAAAUUUUUGGUUGACAACUUUAACGGCGGCCCCGAACCAUCCGGUAUGUCGUGCUGUCAAAGGGAUGAAUUUGGAAGUAUGCUGAGUACACAGUUGCACCUUUUGAAAAUUAUCGAUUUACAAAUCGAAUCGUUCUGGCGACGGGUCGUGUGGUGUUGCUCGGUAGAUGGUCUCUCAUUUUACGAAUGCGAAUCAAACAUAAACACCGACUGGAAGCGUCUUGGAGUUGAAUUGAAACUAGCGCAAUUGAUCGAACAGCAAGACCCACGAUACUGGGAAUUGGAGGACCUGGAAGAUACUGUGAAAAAGGCGGCACCGUUCGUAGAGCACCUCAGUAUUGAGCAGCUGAUGCCAUUCCCGUCGGUAGAACCUUUGGAAGAGUACGAAGCGUAUAAAAUGUAUAAUCCUCCAGAUGCUAUUUGCCAUCACGGAUCCCUGGCCAUACUUGGCCACUUGGACAACCUUACCUCGCUUUCGCUUGUGUUCCGGCCGAACCACUGGACACAUUUUUCUCUGGCAGACAUCGAGAACCUGGUGAUAGCGCUCCGAAAACUAGGAAAAUUGAAAAGUUUCACACUUAGCCGCAGUCGAACGGAUGCGGAGAAAUUAGCCACGUUGGUUGAAAGUUUCGCCCACCUACCUUUGGAAAGUUUGAGCUUGAGCUACUGCCAGCUGGGCAAUGGAUGUGGGGCUGUCCUCGGAAGAUUCCUUAGCCGUUUCGGGCCCACGCUGAAGCGGCUGGAUCUUGCCGGCAACCGGUUUGACGCACUCGAGCUCGACCAACUCUGCCCCGGGCUUGCCGUAUAUAAGGGUGUUGUUGACAAGCUGGAUCUCUCUUACAAUCCCAUUGGAGCGUCGGGAGUUUUGAUUCUAGGUGGCGCAAUCAAGGGCACGCCACAACUGGUGAAACUAAACUUUACCGGCUGUCUGAUGGGCGUCGAGGGAUCAUUUCGGACCAUACAACUCAUGAGCUUCCACACGCCUUUGCGAAGGGUUACGCUGAACUGCGUUCCAAUUAGUCCCGAGGGGCAGAAAAAGCUCGUGCAAGUGCUGUUGGAGAACAAACAAAUUGCAGAGGUGGAUAUUCGGGAGUGUGGCCUCACCCAAGAGUUUCGAGCGAAGGUGAGGAAAAUUUUAAGCACAAACGCAAAACAAACAAUGAAAUCCAAUCCCACACGGAUGGCCAAAGCUACAGAAGAUGAAACGCACCGAAUAAAAAUCUGGCGAACGGCAGCAAAUUAA